AUGAAGGUUCUGUCCUUUAUAGCAGAUUCCAAGUCACCUCUUCUGAACCCUGAUCGCAAUUUCAUACUGAACUAUGUCCUGCGUAAAACCCUCUAUGCACAGUUCUGUGCUGGGGAGAAACCACAUGAGGUCCAACGCUGUAUUGACGAAAUAAGGCAAGUUGGGUUUUCGGGUAUUAUCCUGGGGCAUGCACGAGAAGGUGUCCUGGAUGAAAAGGAGGCAGUUGCAUCUCUUGCAAUAGACAGGGCAGAUGCAGACCCGGCAGAGGUUGAGAAGAAAGUCGCGGAGUAUGAAGUCAGAGCCUGGCGAGACGGGAACCUUCAGACAGUUGAUUUGGCUGGUGAAGGGGGAUAUGUAAACAUCAAGUUCACAGGGGCUGGGAGCGAAGCACUGCAGUAUCUGCUACGCGGUAUACCUCCGCCUCCACUGCUUUGGGAAGCCAUGCUUGAAAUUUGUGAAAGGGCAAUAUCUCGGAAUGUUCGUUUGUUAGUCGAUGCAGAGCACCAGGCCGUUCAACCAGCCAUUGACGCCUGGGCUCUUGAACUGCAACGCAAAUAUAACAACCGCAGCGAUAGCACUGCGAAUGAAAGAGCACUGGUUUAUAACACGUACCAGGCGUACCUCCGGUCGACUCCCAAGACUCUAUCCCAGCACAUGUCGAUGGCGCAGGAGGAAGGGUUCGUUCUGGGCGUCAAGCUGGUCCGGGGCGCAUAUCUGGGGACGGAACCUAGACACUACAUCUGGGAUCUCAAAGAAGAAACGGAUGCAGCGUACGACGGCCUGGCUGAUGCAUUGAUACGGAGAAAAUAUAAUACCGUUCUCACACCAUAUAUCUCGACGGCCUCGCCGAAAUCUCCAGCUUCACCUCCCUUGGCGGAACCACACUCAUGUUCAGAGCAUCCAUUCGCAGAAGUCGAUCUUUUGGUUGCCUCACACAACCGUUACUCCGUCAAACGGGCACAGGAUAUCCGUAACCAGCAAAACAACGCAGGACAAACACAGAUUGGCCUGGCAUAUGGCCAAAUAUAUGGAAUGGCUGAUGAGCUUAGCUGUGAACUCAUACACAGAGGCAAAAUCUGCCAUGACGGAGAGGAAGUUGACACCACGAUGCUAAUGAAACCAAGAGUUUACAAGGCAGUGGUCUGGGGAUCAGUCGGUGAAUGUAUGAGGUAUCUUGUUCGUCGAGGCCAGGAGAAUAUGGACGCAGCAUCGAGAACACUGGAUACCAGGCGAGCAAUGGCGAAGGAACUGAGAAGGAGGCUAUUCGGAUCCUGGUUUUAA